AUGCCAUCAGAUACAAUAGUGUCUCUACCUAGUGAAACAAUCAAAAAAUUUGAAGCUAAUGGAGAACUGGAUCUAUUACGACAAGAAAUUUCUGAUAUUAAAGAAUGGUUAGAAAAAAUAUUUCGAGAUUCUGAAAGCCAAGAGGAUUAUAUAGACUAUUUAGAAAAGCUGUUACAAGAGGUUGAUAAUAUUAGACGAUAUUUUCAAAGCCCAACUACAAUAACACCUACAAUAAAUAGCAUCAUAGAUUAUCUUAAUAUAAUUUCUGAUGCCAGAAAUAGGCUUGAAAGAAUAGUGCUAGAAAUAUAUUUACAAGCUAAUGCACGUGCAAUCAAUGCAGAAAAUCGAAAAAAUAAAUGCAAGACUCUAGAAAAUGAUCUAUUACUUGCCGAUGUUCAACUGGACAACAAAUGGGCACUACAAUAUAACCCAUCAAAUAUAGCAACAGUUGCAGAAGACUUAACCAGCAUUGCAUCAUUAAUUGCACAGAUUCCAAAUUAUAGUGGACAGAUUCCACCAGAUGAAUGGUAUCAAAGAAUUAAUCAAAUAUUAACUUUAUCAUCAAUUAUGGCAGGCACCUUUAAUAAUGCACUUCGAGCAGAUAUUUUAAAAAGUACAAAUAUUGAUACUCCAGCUCGUUUUAUUGUUUGGUUGCAUCAUAAAUAUCAGACAGAGACAGUUGGAACACAACAAGUUGCUACUCAAAGAUUAGCACAAGAAAAAUUCUUACCAUUUGAUAAUCCAGAAUCAUAUGAGGCUAGAAUCUGUCCUCUUUUAUUAGGGGUUGCUGAUGGUGAUGCCAAUAUCUUAGGACUUCUUAAGGGUCAUUUAUCAGGAGAGCUUUAUACUUGGAUGAAAAUCACUAACCCUGGUGGCAUUGAUGCAUUUUUUACAGAACUUAAAAAUAUGUGGUUAGAACAUCCUCCAAAUUUGUAUAAAGGCUCUAUUCCUGACCAAAUCUUUCAAACUUCAGCUGUUAAUAUACAAAAUAAAUUACAUUCCGAUAGUAGUGGUAUAUCUCGAGCUGAACUAGAUAGUAUGAUAAAAUCACAAUUAGCUUUAGUACCAACUAUUUCUAUUCAGUCUUCACAGCUUCAGAAAACACAAGCUUUACAGUCUCAGCAAAAGCAACCCGAUUUCAGUAACUACCUUAGAGUACCAGAUAAAUAUAUGCCAGAAAGACCACCAGUUGGGUAUGGCGUAAAUUCUGAAAAAUUUAUUCAUUGUGAUCUUAUAAACCCAACUCCUUCAGCCAGCCAAAUUAUAGAAUCUUUAGCUAAUAAUCUUUAUAAAAAAGUGUCAGAUAUGUUUUCAGCAAAGCCAAUGCAAUCAAAGAAAAAUAUUGAAGUCGACUCUGACAAAGAACUGGCUGAUCAUAUGGGUAAGUUAUCAAUAAAUAAGGUUUUGUCGAAAGGUUUUGAGGCAGGAGUUCAUGCUGUUAUUAAAUCAUCCAAACAUUGUUGUUCAAAUUGUAAUAAAACUGGACACAAUUCUCGCAAGUGUCCUAGAAAGAAAUCUAAGAAUUCCAAGAGAUCUAGCAAGAAUAAAAAAAGUAAGGGCAAAAAAAAAGUAAACCAGAAGAGUAGUUCGAGCAAAUUAUUAUCUAAGAAGGUAUCCAAAUCUCACAAGAUCGAUAAGGAACCUAAGUCUUGCAAGAGAGGUGGGAGUAAGCAAACAGUUUUAGAACAAACUAUUUGUAAAAUUAUCCAAAAACCAGCUUCAGAGAUAUCCAAUUCAGAUGAAGAUGAGACUUUGGAUGACCCUAUGGAAAUUGAUUUUGUUUGUCAGAAAGAACCCAAUAUAGGUAUUGCGACUAUACCAUGCAAAAUUAAGUGUUUAAAAAUCCCAGCAAUGAUACUCGAUAGUGGGACUGAAACUGAGAUCAUAACAGAAGAUAUUUUUAAGCGUAUAAAUGGAAAAAUUGAUAGAUCUGUGAAGUAUGACCUUAGUGGUAAUUUACUAAUAACACUAACUCCCGAUUGUACUAUAUAUGAGAAUUUUGUAGUCGUAAAACAUUCCAAGCCAAUGUUAAUAUUUUUAAACCGACUUCUCAAGAAAUAUGAAUAUGUUAUUGAUUGGAAUAAUGAUAAAAUGAAGAUUCAUCACAAUGGAAAGGAUCACAUUUUUCCUGUAACUAUGCAUAAGGUCAAGAAUAAACUUGAGGUAAAUUGCACAAAUGUAGUUCAAGAUAAUAAGCCUUUGAUAUCAGAUCAAAUUUCUCAGAAGAUAGAUAGGGAUGAGGAUGACAGUAUACCAUUUGAUGAGUGGUGUGCUUCUGCAGAUUUUAGCUUAGAUUCUGUUAAUUUAACUUUAGCAAAGCAAGCACCAAAA